CAUGUCCUCUUUUGCUCCAGUUUUUUCACGUGCAAUAUUUGGCUAAAGUCCACAUAAUUCUACUAUUUUUUCGUGAAGGGGAGAACACAGUGAGCACAUUGCAGAUAGAAGUGCUACUCUUGUUAUGCAGGAAAGGGUUGAACUUCAGGUGAUCAGCUUGCAGAUAGCAUCAACAUGGCUAGAUUGGAGGAAGAUUUACUCCAUAAUAAGUAUUUGAGAUUGCAAUUUGUAACUAGAACAAGUUGUAUUAAAUCUUUAGAUUCUUUGUUAAAGGCUACUUGUACUUCCAAAGCAACAUUCAUUAGUUCCUUCUACUUUUAUGACUAUUGUAUUGUUAUU